AUGUCAGAAUCCAUUAUUUUAUCACCACAGUUCAAAUCACAGUUUUCUGUGCAAUCAAAGCGUACUCCAAAGAAGUCACCAUCAUUUGCAAGACAAAAAGGAGAAAUUAACUUUGAUAAUUACAAUAUAAAUCCUCAACUUGAAAAGCAAGAUGCUGAAGACUCGCAAGAUGAACCUCCUGAAAACGAAAACCAACCAAACAUUGAAAAUAAAGAAGAAGUUUCUGAAGAUCACCAAGUUUAUGGUGUUUUCGUCAAUGAAGAGAAUGAUCAUAAAAGAAAUCGCCCUUUACGCGAACUGUCUGAUAGUGAUGGAUUGAUUAAUAGCGAUUAUUCCGAUGAAUAUGGUUUUAAUAGCAGUUUUUCUUUUGGAGAGGUUAAAACAGUUGACAACAAGCAAUCAGAUACAAAUGAAUUUGCAGAUGUCUCAGAAGUCAGUACAUUUUCUACUUUAGAUUCUCCAUUUACAAAUAGUGAUAAAUCUAACUUUUUCACACCACAUAAAUACAAUGAAACAAGUUAUAUAGGUAAAUUCAAUCCAAAUAAGAAGAACCAAAUAAAAGUAACACCAACAAGAAAAUUAAAUUCAACUUUCUUACAAUCGCCAAACAGACGAAACGAUUAUCAGAUAGAAGAUGCUCAAACACCAAUGUCACGUAGAAAUUUCCGCUAUAAUAAAUAUUUAAACGAAGAUGACGAUGAUUGGAUGGUAAUUCCUCAGAAAUACAAAGAAGAACAACCAGAUAUUAUAUACAAUGAUUUCCCUGAGAAAGAUCAAGUCGUUGGACCAAAAUACAUCGAGAAAAACAAUAAAGUUGUUUUCUUUGAUCCACCAAAGCACAAACAGCCAAAGCUUUCUCCAAAGAAGAAAUCUAAGUUUUCAACACCACGAAAAUAA